AUGUCACCGGAGAAUCUGAUUAUUCCGGCAGAGUAUCACAAUCACUACUAUGACCUGAUUUCGUCCGGUGAUCACCAUCAGUACCCUAUAUCGGUAUUGACGGACGAUAUUGGAUUUCGCUGUUCAUUGGCAACAGAAGUGGAGUCAAUCCAUCCACAAACAGAAAAAGGCAAACCUGAAGAUGAAAGUGGACAGGCUUCCAGUUUGAUCAAGGCAAAAAUUGCUUCUCAUCCUUCAUACCCAAAAUUGCUCGAUGCUUAUCUCGACUGCCAAAAGGUCGGAGCACCCCCAGAAAUAACAUCUUUGCUUGAAGAAAUCAAGAGAGAAUAUGAGUUUUGUAAGCAAGAUGAACUUUCCGUUUGUCUAGGAGUCGAUCCUGAGCUCGACGACUUCAUGGAAACAUACUACCAAGUACUGGUGAAGUAUAGAUCAGAUCUGUCAAGGCCUUUUGACGAAGCAAUGUCGUUCCUCAAGGAGAUGGAAAUUAAACUGGACAAUCUUUGCAAAGAUGACGGAAUCUUGUCAUCAGACGAGGAGUUCAGUGGAGUGACGGAAGUACAAGAUGCACAAAUCAAGAACGAUGACCGUGAACUUAAAGACAAACUCAUAUUAAGAUAUGGUAGCCAUAUAAAUAAACUAAAGCAAGAAUUUUCGAAGAAGAAGAAAAAUGGAAAACUGCCAAAAGGAGCAAAGAAAAUAUUGCUUGAAUGGUGGAAUGCUCACUGCCAAUGGCCUUAUCCAACGGAAGAUGAUAAAAUUGCGCUGGCUGAAUCGACAGGAUUGGAUCAGAAACAAAUUAACAACUGGUUUAUAAACCAAAGGAAAAGGCAUUGGAAACCUUCAGAGAACAUGCAAUUUAGUGUAAUGAACAAUAUUUCGGCCACUUCCACCGCCGCCGGCACUCAGAUCGACACUGGCACGACUUCGCAGCAGAAGAGGUGCAUCAAAGCUCGUCGCGGCCACCUCCACCACCUACCGGCAGUGAGCGAAGACGAUGGAGAUGAAGAGUGGUCUCCGACAGUGGGCGAAGACGGUGGGCGACGGCGACAGAAGAGGUGCAUUGAAGCUCGUCGCGGCCACCUCCACCACCUGCCGGAAGUGAGCGAAGACGAUGGAGAUGAAGAGUGGUCUCCGACAGUGGGCGAAGACGGUGGGUGA